AUCACUUCUCAAGUAUAGUUUAGAAAUAUUACUGCUGAAACCUAAACGCUAUUUGUACGAAGGAUGAUUCCUAGUCCGGUUGGAUCGACUCCAUUUUCGGUUAAAGACAUUUUGAACCUGGAACGUCAUCAAAUGUCAUGUCAAAGCAGCGCCGAUGACCGAGACACGCCCCAUGUGGUCAAUGGCUAUCCCGUGUCGUGUAAUGACAGCAUAAAAAGCGAAGAUACUCAAGUGCUUGAUAUGCAUUCGAUAUACCAUCACAGUUCGAUGGAGGCCACCCAGCAAGCAUCAGGUGAAUUAGUUAAAGGAAGAUUCGAAAAGUUGAGCAAACCGCACUCAAGACAAAUCGAAACAAACAAUAUGGCUGCCUCCGAUUCACAGUUCGACAUGUUUUCGCAAAAUGAAAACGCAAAAUAUUCUAAGGGGGCAAUAGACACAAGGUAUGCAGAAGCAACAAACACAGCAGACACGGCAGCGUCGAACCUUUUGCAUUUUUCUCAAAAUUUUCACCAAAUUCCGUACGGGGAAAGUAGGGCACUGGUGGCGCCAUUCGACAUGCCUCGUUACGGUGGGGAGUAUUUCAGUCCGACAAGCAACUACAGUGGAGGUUACACUCACCCCUAUGACAACCCACCUAGCAAUGUUGAAGCCUCACGAUCGUCGUCGUUUCAUUCACAGCAGUUUACGAAACCAAACGACGACGUUAUUAGUACAACACACUCAACGUCCUCUGCCACAGCAGGAAACUUUUACCACAGACCGGCGAACAACUUCGAGCCUGUGAGAGAGCCAGGGCUGGAGAGAUGUCCUGACAACGGAGACGAAUUUUACACCAAAACUGAAUCUCCGUUUCCCGCAUUCAACCAACAGCAUCAACCCACACCACAAAGCGAGCAUCACAGCAUGCCCAGCUACGACGAAAUGAACGAGAAGAUGUACACCGACCAGACAUCCGAAACCGAUAUAACCAAUAACUCAAUGUUCGAUUCGUCAAGUUCGGAGGCGGUGGUCGUCGAUUUUCCAUCACCAUCCGGAUCGCCAAACAAACAACAUGAAGACGGAAGAUUCGGAGGAUCCUGUACGGAUGAAUCACUUCCGAGGACUUUCUCCGCCGCCGACAUCCGGCAGGAUGAAUCAGUUACUCAAGUCACGGAUUCGGAAAAGUCGGACAACGUCAGCACAUGUAGCACUAGCCCCGAAGAAACUGAAAAAAAGAAAACAGAAGAUGACACGCUAAAAUCCCGACACCGGACCAGGCGAAAACCGCGUGUGCUGUUCUCCCAGGCACAAGUAUUUGAGCUUGAGCGAAGAUUUAAACAACAAAGAUACUUGUCUGCUCCGGAAAGAGAACAUCUGGCCCAGAUUUUAAAACUGACUUCCACCCAGGUCAAGAUCUGGUUCCAAAAUCGUCGAUACAAAUGUAAACGAAUGCGACAAGACAAAACCUUAGAGCUGGCCAGUAUUGGACCUCCACGAAGAGUUGCAGUUCCUGUUUUAGUUCGCGACGGGAAGUCAUGUCUCGGUGGGCCUGGUCAAGUAUCACAUAACGCGGCUCCAUACAAUGUGACUGUUACACGCUACCACAAUUACCCAAGUUCAUAUAGCUCUUGCGGUUAUAACUCCUACCCCCCUAACCCACCCGGUUACGGGCCAAGCGCUGCCGCAGCAGCAGCUGUAGCAGGAGCGGCCGCUGCAGCAUACGGGAACGCUGCUACGAACGGUUAUAACGGAUUUCCGCCGAGCAUGAACGGUGGACAGCCCGGUGCGAGCCCCUAUCCUACUCCAGGGCUGCACCAACAGCACCCACCCUCUAUGGGGGUCGGGAAUUCACCGUUUCAGACCUCGACUGUACCUACAGGCCACCAUAUGUCUCAAGGGGGGUUGCACCAUCACACACCAACGGACUAUAUGUAUAAGCUUGGGCUGUGCACGUGAUUUAAACUGAUAUAUUGUGCAUAUAUUGUUGCUGUGCAUGUUCGUGCAAUGUACCAUGUUCCGCUACGACAAAUAAUCAUGCCAAACCUUUAAUUUGGUACUAUUAUACCAAUUUCUCGGCGACUCGGUACAACUUUUAUUUAUGUCUACUUUUAAACCCUGGACUUAGGCUUUCAACUGGGGAAACUAGGACUGCCAUUUUAAACUCUUUAAUGCUACUUAGUAUAUUGCUUUUCAUUUAUGCAGUGUUUUUAAAAAGUUAUAUCUCGAUAUCCCGUAACACGUUUGUUUAUUUUUACUUCGUACUAUGCUGAGUCUACUCUACAAUGAGCUUCACAUGACUUGGCAAAACCAAUCUAGGCUUAAUUAUGUAACAAUACUUAUUGUUUCGCACUCUCAGCUAAAUUAAAACGUACCUCCCGAAUUAAACUUAUACAGUACACAGCUGCAUAUUACUUAUAAUGUGAUUUUGGACGUGUGCAAUUAUGUUGGUCGGCUGCUGGUUUAAAAAGUCGAAUUUCUGAAUAAACUUAUUUUGCCACAUUAA